UGUUUUUGUGUGAGCAUGUGCAUGGGGCAGUGGAUGUUUCUGGACUCAGUUCUCAAACACUCACCUUUCCUCAUUGACAACUUCUGUUUCUUGAAUUUCUUGUGAACUUAUUUGUUCACCAAGCCCUUACCAACUUCAUUUGGAAACCCGACGUAAUUCAUAGUAAUGGCAACGCCAAGGGAGAGAUGGCGAGGCUCGAAUUUGGGAGGUGCGUUUGGCGGAAGAGGGGGAAAUAGGCAAGGUGCCGGCAGAGGCUGGAGAGGAGGAGAUAGUAGAGGGAAUAGAGCCAACAGAGGGGAUCGAUGGAAUACACGCGAUAGAGGGGGCAGAGGGGGCAAUAUCCAGCAUGGCGGAUCCCGACUCUGUCGAUUCAUCGAGCAAGGAGAGCAUUGCCGAUAUGGUGAUAACUGUACCUAUUCUCACGAUAUAUCAAACCGCAACAAACAGCCCAAUGGAAAAUUAGCAGAUACACCGGAGCAACGAAGGGAGAGGGAGGACUACAAUUCGUGGAAGAGGCUACUGAAGAGACCUCCAACGCCAAACGACACCAGAACAAUUGAACUCUUAUGGAACGGUGCUCUCACUAUUUUGAACGAAGGGGAUCGAGACUGGAAACAGAUGCUGCCGCGAGACCUCGAUGCAGAGGAAAACUAUGGCCGCGAACAUAUUAAGACACUUCUGAGCAUGGUGUCGCAUACCAAUGGACGCGCUACCUUUGUUGCACUUGCGCAGCCCUUUCUUUCAGUUAUCACACAUCCAGCCAUGUUAGACUGUUUGUCUGUGGAUACUUUCGUUAGAGGCUUGUACAACUUCAUUAGUGGCAACAAUGGGACCAGAGCGGUUCCAUUUUUUCAGAAUCUUUGCAGAAACUUGGCCGAUGCAUACUGCGAGUCUAAUAUCCCGAGAACCUCGCUGGAAACGACACUUAUCACGAUGCUAACUUCGCUACGAGAGAUUCUAAAGAGGGAACAACGAGCCGCCUUCCACGACGAACUUCCAGAUCUCAUUAACUCAUUACAGAACCUCAUGGAAGCCACGGGCAUUGACGAUGCAUCUCCGGCGUUCCAAGUCAUCGUCAAUCAGUGUAGUGAGAUUAGGGCCAUUAUAGCACGUGCGAGUGGCCUUCUUGCAGACGUGGAGGCGUCGAAUAUCGACGGGGUCUCAACUACUGUGGUCAAGUCGACAUAUCCUCGACAAAUCAUCCUGCCCGGAGGACAUCACGAUAACGACAACGGAGAUAUCACAAAGAUCAAGAUUCUUCCCACAGAAGAUGAGAUUCGAAGCGAUCAUCCAGAAUUUCUGCCCAGCACCGAUCUUGAUCAACCAUAUUUCCUCAACGACCCUGUGGCACGUCACCUUGAUACACAAUUCCGCCUGCUUCGUCAUGACAUCUUCGGGGAGCUAAAGGAGGCUCUUGGGGGUUUAAUAAACACCAUAACUGAUAACCCGACGUUUCUUGACAACUCGAAGCUGAGCCUGGGAGAUAUGCGCGCGUACCCUUAUACCAAGGCACACAUUGGCUACGUCUCCUUUAACCGAAGCCAUGUCGAAGCUCACGUGUCGUUCAACCAACACCAUGCUCUUCGGAAGAAGUCUGCGCCUGAUAGGCGCAAGUGGUGGGAAGACUCGAAACGCCUCGAAGAAGGUUCUUUGUUAUGCUUUGUUUCAUACAUCAAUAACAAAAGUUCCCUCUUAUUUCUCACAGUCAGCGAGAAAUGCACCGAUCCCAAGGCAUCUUACAGCCUCAGUUCUCACGACCAUAUUGCAACCAUUGUCACCAAACUUGCUACCCGCAAUCAGGGAGACCUGGAACUACUGAUUCAAUUGAGUUGCCAGAAUACACGAGGGGCUUUGAUUGAGUUCCCAGGGAUUCUACUUGCCACAUUCCUUCCUAUCUUAGAGAACCUUCAAAACAUGCAUCGCUUCGGCCGCUUACCAUUCCGUCAGUGGAUUCUGCCAGAUCGACAUAUUAUAUCCGCAAAGCCUCUAGAUAUUCUUCCGCCACUCUAUGCUCGGGGUCAGAGUUUUCUCUUCCAAUUAGAUUCUAUACUGAAAGCGGAUGGUGAUCGGCUCUUUUUCAGCCCCAGCGUCUCAAUCGAUGAUGUUGCUAGUAUUGAUGAGCUCGAGGCACGAACAUCACUUGACCGUGGACAGUGUCUAGCACUUGUGGCGGCCCUAACCCGCGAGUUUGCUUUCAUCCAGGGACCGCCAGGGACAGGGAAGUCGUACCUUGGUGUCCAACUAAUGAGAGUUCUCUUGGCUUGCAAGGAGACGGCAGAUUUGGGACCCGUGGUUGUUGUAUGUUACACGAAUCACGCAUUGGACCAGUUCUUGGAGCAUCUCAUUGAAAUUGGCAUUGAGAAGAUUAUUCGAAUUGGCGGCCAAAGCAAGUCGAAGAUUGUAGAGGGGAAGAAUCUUCGCGUUGUGUCCCAAGGGGAGGCGAAAACAAAAUCUGAACGCUAUUUAGUUGCCAAAUCGUACGAGGAGCUCGGGAAUAAAGAGAGGCUUAUUACCAAAGCCCUGGGCUCGUUACAUGCUACGCAAAAAAGACCUGACUGGGCCAAUCUCAGGACUUAUCUGCAGCGGAGAUAUCCACGCAUCUUCUCCCAAUUCUCUCGAUUCGACGAGGACGGGUACAAGACAGUGGGUAAAGAACCUUUUGAGGUCUGGAACCAAGGGACGAAAAGCAAGGUCCUUGACGAAAACAAUUCUUUGGAUGAGUCUAUCACCACUUAUCAGGAGCUUGUCCAUACUGCGAACCGAAAUAUCCAUGGCCUCUCGACACUUGAAAGACGACGACUAGUGGAACACUGGGUACAAGAGAUCCACGAAGAUAAGACCGACGAGUUAUUCGAGUUGGUGAAAGACAGCCAUAACAUUCAUGAACAACUUGAAGAUAUACACGACGAAGUGGACAGGAGAGUUCUCCAAACUGCAGAUGUUAUCGGGGUCACUACGACAGGGCUAGCCAAGAGAAUUUCCGUCCUUCAACACGUGCAUUGUAAAGUAAUCAUCUGUGAAGAGGCGGGGGAAGUUAUGGAGCCCCAUAUGAUAUCGGCCUUGCUUCCCAGUAUUGAGCAUUUUAUUCAGAUAGGAGAUCACCAACAACUACGACCGCAGAUCAACAAUCACGGGCUGUCACUUGAAAGCAGACAGGGUACCCCUUAUCAACUCGACCGCAGCCAGUUUGAACGGCUUUCGGUGGGGGAGCCAGGCAGGCCCUCAUUUCCUGUGGCCCAAUUGAAUGUUCAACGGCGAAUGCGCCCCGAGAUCUCAACCUUGAUUCGGACAACCAUCUACCCGCGAUUAAUCGACCACGGGACGAUAAAAAACUUGCCAGAUGUCGUAGGAAUGAGAAAAAAUGUCUUUUGGCUUGAUCACAAGAAUACGGAGGAAGGGCCCGACGCUGAUCUGCAUCAAAAGUCGCGAAGUAACGAUUGGGAGGUGGAUAUGACACAUGCUCUCGUUCGCCAUAUUGUUCGGCAAGGGGUAUACAGCAGCAGUGGCAUUGCAGUGUUAACACCAUACACGGGACAAUUGCAGAAGCUACGAACAAAGAUGCGGAGCGAUUUUGAGAUUGUCCUAAGUGAUCGGGAUGAAGAAACGCUUGCAAGAGAUGGAUUCAACGAAGAAACAGCCACCACCGAAGAGGACCAGACAAGCCCAGGAAAUAGACGACAGCCUUUAGAAAAGAAGAAACUAAGCGAGUUUCUUCGCAUAGCGACAGUGGACAACUUUCAAGGCGAGGAAAGCAAGAUCAUAAUCAUCUCGCUUGUACGAAGUAAUAAGGAGAAGAAAGUUGGAUUUCUUAAGACCACGAAUCGCAUUAAUGUCCUACUUAGCCGGGCCCAACAUGGCAUGUACCUGAUAGGAAAUACCGAUACUUACUCGAAUAUAUCAAUGUGGGCGCAGGUAAUACGUAUGCUGGAGGCAACCGAUUCGGUUGGGAAUGCCUUUGGUCUCUGUUGCCCUCGACACACGGAUACAGUGAUGCAGGCCUCAGAGCCACUCGACUUCGAGAAGCUCAGCCCUGAAGGAGGAUGCCAACUCUCUUGCGAUCGACGCUUGAUUGACUGCGGCCACAAAUGUCAAGCACGAUGUCAUUCUGAUAGCAUGCAUGCCGUUUUCAAAUGUCCUCAACCUUGUCAACGUCUUCACACCCCUUGCAACCACGGUUGUCAGAAGCAGACCUGUGGAGAGGAUUGUGGUCUGUGUAUGGUAAUAUUGGGCAAUGUGUACCUUCCAUGCAACCAUUUGAAGGAUGGUGUUCCAUGCUACCAAGUGCAAGAUCUUGGCAGCAUCAAAUGCAAGGUUCGUGUUGAAAAGCAAGUUCCAGGGUGCAACCACACUGUUGAAGUUCCAUGUUUUCAAGAUGUAGCCACUCCAUCUUUCAAGUGUCCUACAGCUUGUGGAAUAAACCUAGCUUGUGGUCAUCGCUGUCCAGGUCGUUGCGGAAGAUGUAAUGGCAAGGAUGCCGACUUGAGUCCCACUGUCAAACACCAGAAAUGUACCAAGAUCUGCGGUAGAUGCUCCGGGACUUGUAAUCACACCUGCCGAAGCUUGUGCCAUGAUGGCACGGAUUGUGGGCUUUGCUUUGCUCCCUGCGAGGUCCGGUGUUCUCAUUCUCGAUGCACUUUACUUUGUCGCCAAUCUUGUGCACCGUGUGUGGAGAGCUGCACCUGGUCCUGUGAGCACAAGGGGGCAUGCGAAAUGCCCUGCGCAGCGCCUUGCAAUCGUCUGCCAUGCAACCAACGUUGUUCUAAGACCCUCUCUUGUGGCCAUCGAUGUCCAGGAAUUUGUGGUGAAGUGUGUGCAGAAGGGUAUUGUCACCAAUGUUCUAAUAGACUUGAGGCUCGAGUCGACUUUCUCGAGAUGAAAUCCUACGGAGAAAUCGACGUUGAUGAGACUCCAGUAGUUGUCCUUGGCUGUGGUCACUUCUUCACGGCAGAAUCUCUUGACGGUCAUUUGGGUAUGUCGGAAGUUUAUGAAGUUGACGGGUAUGGGGAGUUCACCGGACUCAAAGACGUGUCUGGCGCUUUGGCUCAAUCAAUACCUUGCUGUCCUGACUGCAAAUGUCCGGUGAGACAGUUCGCUACACAGAGAUACAACAGGGUCAUCAACAGGGCUGUCAUUGAUGAGAUGUCCAAACGGUUCCUCGCCACUGGAAGAGAUGAGCUUCGGGAGUUAGAGCAGCGAAUUACGGAACUGGAGCGAAGUCUCGGGACAACUCGAGAGGAGGUUGUGAAGCCAAUUCGCCAAGCCAAAACUCAUGUGACCUCAAGUCUCACUGAAGCAAAGAUUAUGGAAAUUGCCAGAAUUCUAAAAGAACGAGAUGCGGAAUCCAGGAAGCUUGAGGGUGCGUUAAAAAUGUUCUGCAAUAGUGUGGCUGAUAAACAUCAACCAGCACAAAAGCUCCAUGACGCUACAGUCCAUGCAGCAAGAAAGGUCGCUGCCGCUGCUGCAACCGUCGAUGCACUUAUAGCGAACUUGACUGUCGUUGACGCCCUACCAGCUCUCACUCGUGAUCGUCGAGUUAUUAUGGGUGGCCGAAUGGUUCAGAUUAAGACCAAGUUUUUCAUCCUCGAGGACAAAUUUAUCAUUGCUCAAGCAUUGAAGUCAAUAUCCACUAAGACUUCAAUCAAGUUCCCCGGCGGAGCUCCUGGCCUACUUGCGGUGCCAUUCUUUAAGUGCUGCAAAAACUUUAUUAACGAAUGCAAGGUCGAGAAUCUACCGAAGCUGGCCGUUGAAGUGUCGCUUUUUUAUGCAAGCAUUGCGCGGUCAUUCGAGUCCUUCUGUCAAUCUGGUAAAAUAAACCUUGAAAAGGCCGCGAUCCAUCUAGAGAUGGCUAAGCAGCUGUUGGAGGUCGCUCGAGAAGUCUGCAAGCAGCCAUUUCAGAAGGCUGAAAGCUUGCGUAAUGCAGUUGAGGAGUCGAUACGCCAAAUGAAGAAACAAUGGUAUGAAGAAGUCACAGUAGAGGAGAUUAACGCGAUCAAGGCUGCCAUGGUUAGUGGUUCUCAGGGCAUUGCGACUCAUUCAGGUCAUUGGUAUAACUGCGAGAAUGGACAUCCCUUUGCAAUUGGGGAGUGUGGGAUGCCAAUGGAGCUGGCUCGUUGCCCUGAAUGUGGUGCAAGUGUUGGUGGACAGAACCACACCGCAGUUGGAGGGGUUAGCCGUGCAAUGAACAUGGAAAACUAGGAUGUUGAAUUGAGAUGUGCGGGAAACCAGGAAAGGAGGGCGUGACCCUGGUGCACCUUUUGUUUUCAAAGACAUAAAAUGGAUUUGGACAGAGAAAUGUCAUGUGC